CCAUCAGCAGUUGCCUCUACAGGGCUUUUGCCAGGUAUAUUUGUCAUCUUGUUCUCAGGGGGUGCAUCAGCUGCUGGAUUAUAUUUCUUGGCCCGUUGUGCUUCCCGGACAGAGGGUCGGCAUGCGUCUUUCUUUGCGAUUUCCAAGUUGACCUGGCCUUCGAUAGCUGUUUUAUUUGAUUUUGCGAUUGCUAUAAAAUGUUUUGGCGUUGCAGUGAGCUAUUUGAUCAUUAUUGGUGAUUUGAUGCCUCAGGUUGUGGCGUCGUUUGCCAGCGAUACUCAACCAUUAGACCUCUUGAUGGACCGUAAAUUCUGGAUCACUGUGUUUAUGGCAGUGGCUGUCUUGCCCUUAAGUUUCCUGCGCAAGCUUGACUCACUCAAGUACACAAGUGGUGUCGCCUUGUUUGCAGUCAUGUAUCUCUGCAUUAUUGUGAUCUACCACUACAUAUCUCCAAAUUUUCCUCCUCCUCCCCCGGAAGAUGUUGAGAUGAUUGCCUUUUCUACAAAAUUCUUUGCUCAGCUGCCUGUAUUUGUGUUUGCAUUCACUUGCCAUCAGAAUAUCUUUUCAGUUUACAAUGAGCUCAGGGACAAUUCCCAGCGGUCCAUUUCUACCGUCAUCGGUACCUCCAUCGGAAGUUCGGCGUUCAUUUACGAGGCCAUUGCUAUUCUAGGCUAUUUGAGCUUUGGCAAACAUGUGCGUGGGAACAUUAUUAUGGAAUAUCCUCCAAGUGUAUUCGUAGCAGGUGGUAGACUGGCUAUUGUGGUCCUGGUCGUAUUCAGUUAUCCUCUUCAGGCUCACCCAUGCCGUGCCUCUCUCGACAAAAUUCUUGCCUGGCGUACACCUGAAGCUAGAGGUCUCAAGGUCCCUCCUCCUCCUUCGAAUCUAAAAUACUUUUGCAUGACAACUGCCAUUCUCAUCGGUAGUUAUCUUGUAGCCAUUACUGUAUCUCAACUUGACCUCGUACUUGCCUUUGUUGGCUCUACAGGAUCUACAACAAUUUCUUUUAUCUUACCUGGUUUGUUCUACUACAAAAUCCACGAAAAUGAUCCAUGGAAGGCAGGAAAGAUUACGGCAGUCUGUCUUGCUGUGUACGGGAUCUUGGUGAUGUUCGUCUGCCUGACAUUUAAUAUCAUGCGCCUCAUCAAUACCUAA